UCGUGUCAGACGGAUGGAGCCUCCAGGACAUAUACAGAACAGUAUCGAUUUGGGAAAUUCCUGCCACCCUGGUACCACACGGAAGCGCCAGGUUCGUUUUACAGCACAACAUGACAUCAUGCUGCUUCGUGAGGUCAUCCACCAGAAUCCUUUCAGUGUACGGGAGGCCGGACAGGUGUGGGCCCUGGUAGCUGAAGAAAUGAACAAUGCACUACGUGGGGAAGGCUUUGAGGUGGAUGCAAGGAGGUGCAGAGAGCGGACGGCUCUUUUGCUGGACUAUUACAAGAGGCAGAACUUCACUGGACUACGCAGGUGCGGCACUGAAUCCCUCUGCAUGGAGAAGGAGGAUCUGCUUCAGGCUGUUCUGGAAUUGGAGGCAGAGAAACGAGCAGCUGAGCCACGUCACAGGGACCCUCCCCAGGACACACUGACAGUCACCAUUGGCGAGGAUACCCUGCGUGAGAUGCCGGAAGAGGCCCUGGCUUUCCCUAACUUGUAUCCAUCACCCUAUAUCAACCCAAGCGCACACACUGUCGCCAGAGGCACCCAGUGUUCCACGUCUUCAAGUACACCAGCCACAGAUUUAAAGCAAGAAGAGGAGAAUUUGGGAGAGAGGCCAAGUAAAAAGCGAGCUUGUGAAGGGUGCUGUGGUGCAUAUGCCCGUAUCCUUCAACAUCUGGAGCGACGAUCAGAGGCGGAACAGCGUCUGAGAGAGGAGGAGCUAGUCUUGCGUAGGGAAGAGCUUCAGCUGCAGAGAGAGAGAGCAGCUAUAGAAAGAGAGCGUCAGGAGGCAGAGAGCAGGGAGAGAGAGAGGAGGUUUGAGCUGGAAAGAGAGGAGAGGCAUGUAAUAUUAGAUAUACUGCGAGAGAAGAUGAUGAAAUGAGAGGGGUGAGGAACGUGAGUAGAGAAAAUAGCGGAGGAAGUCUUGACUUAAACAAGCGAAGAAAGGGAGGAGCAAGAGAGAAUAAAGUAUUAUAUAGUGACUGUACCUUUCAUGUUUUUUUAAAGGGAUAUAAAACCCCAAUUUUUUCUUUCAUGAUUUAGAAAGAGCAUAGGUAGUGCUUGCUGAUUGGUGGCUAAAUGUUGCCACCAAUCAGCAGGCGCUGCCCAGAGUACUGAACCAAAAAUGGGCCUAAGUUUCCAUUCCUGCUUUUCAAGUAAAGAUACCAAGAGAACAAAGAGAAAUUGGUAGUAGGGGUAAAUUAGAAAGUUGCAUAAAAUUGCUGCACUAUCUGAAUCAUGAAAGAAUAAAAAUGUGGGUUUUGUAUCCCUUUAGAGAGCGAUAAAAACGAGCUAUACAUUGUAUAAGCCAUUUGUUCCUUCUGAACUAAUUCUUGAUAUUGACACUUUUUUAUUUAAUUAUACUCUCAAAUCAUAUUCAGUAACGGUAGAUAUUUAGCCUUAUGCCAUCUUGGAGUAGGCUAAAAUGUCCCAGAUGUCUUUUAACUCCUCCCCUUUCUGUCUGCUUCAGUUCUAUUUUCUACCUAUCAGUGGAAGGUAUUGUGGGCUCCAGCUUGAAGUUGGUUUGUUGUUUGUUUUUUUGUUUCUAGUCCUUUUUGGGGUAUAAUCGACAAUUAAAGGGACUGUAAGUGGAAAAAAUCUUCACUCACAAACAAAAAACAAAGUACGAACCUUACAUAGCAAACAUACUUCCAUUUGUAGGACCUGCUCCAGUGCUGGCAGAUUUUCUACUUCAUGCCUAAACUCACAUCCAAGGAGAAAUAAAAGUGCAAAAAACUAAAUGCUGUAAUUUAAAGGGACAGUCAACACCAGAAUUUUUGCUGUUUUAAAAGAUAGAUAAUCCCUUUAUUACCCAUUCCCCAGUUUUGCAUAACCAACACAGUUAUAUUAACCCUUUUGUGCCGGGGUUAACUGUCUAUAUCGGAACAACUGUUCCGAUGUAAAAAAAAUUGAAAUCUCGCGAUCGUGCAAGUGAUCACGAGAUUUCAAUGAUGGGAUUGCGUCGGGGGUGGGGGGGCGUCCCUAUGAUGCUAGGCAUGCCCUCCAGAACGCGAUCCCAUCAGGGAAGCCCAAGUGGCUUUAGGAAAGCCAAGCGGUUAGGACGUUGUAUUCUGUCCUUCGGCACUAAAGCCCAGAGUUAAAAGGUAAAUAUACUUUUUACCUCUGUGAUUAACUUGUAUCUAAACAUUUUCUGAUAGCCCCCUGAUCACAUGACAUUUUAUUUAUUAUCUACUGUCUUUCAUUUUAGCCUAUUAGUAUAGUGACUGCCACAAUCCACGGUGUUAUCUAUAUGGCUCACAUGAACUAGCUCUCCCCUGUUGUGAAAAGCAAAUAAAAAAGCAUGUGAUAAGAGGCGGCCUUCAAGGGCUUAGAAAUUAUCACAUUAGGUUUAGCUUUUCAACUAAGAAUACCAAGAGAACAAAGCAAAAUUGGUGAUAAAAGUAAAUUAGAAAGUUGUUUAAAAUUACAUGCCCUAUUUGAAACAUGAAAGUUUUUUUUGGACUUGACUGUCCCUUUAUUAUGUAUUUAUUCUACUUUUGUUUGCACAUAACGUGUUUAACCCCUGCAGAGGGUUACCUAGCUAAACACAUCUGGUGAGCCAAUGACAAAAGGCAUAUGUGUGCAGUCACCUAUUACCAGCUAUUUUUUUGACUGUCCCUUUAAUGCGCACUGUUCCAGUUCAUUUGGAUGUAGCUUGAGACAUUUUCAAUGAUCAUCAUGGCGUUUAAAGUGUGAUAAGCAUUUGGUUUAGCGUUACAGGGUGGUCUUCAUGACACAUCCUGCUCCAUGGACCUUAUUUUCCCAGUUUCUCUUUUGAAGAGAACGGCCUUUUAGAACUAGUCCCUGUUCCUCCAUCAGAAAACAGUCAGUCACAUCCUUAUUUGGAUUUGUCUGUCCCUUCAGUUUUUAAUGUUUUCGAAACAAUCCCUUUUGAGAUCAUUCAGGUUCCUUGUGCGCCCUGUGCAAUGGCUAUUUUCCAUUUGUGGUUCCUCCUUUCAGCCUAACCACAUCUCCCAGGUCUUUAUCAAGUUUCAAUCGGAAUGUCUAGCAAAAAAUCAAAUGUGAGGCCUAACAGCUGGAAGAUGGAAUAAAGGCUUCAUUAAAGGGACAUUAAACACACAUUUUUUUCUUUCAUGAUUCAGAUAGAAUAUACAAUUUUAAACAAAUUUCCAAUUUACAUCUAUUAUCAAAAUUUCUUUAUUUUCUGGUUAUCCUUUGUUGAAAAUCAGGGUUGUAAGCUCAGGAAUGUGCACGUAUCUGCAGCUCUAUAUGGCAGCAGUUUUGCAAUAAUGUUAUACAUUAGCAAGAGCACUAGAUGGCAGCACUAUGUCCUGUCAUGCAGUGCUUCAGUCAUGUGCACACUACCUACCUAGGUAUCUCUUUAACAAAGAAUGACAUGAGAAUGAAUCAAAUUUGAUAAUAUAAAUAAAUUGGACAUUUUUUGUAAAUAUAAUUUCUUUAGUAAGAUGAUGAGAGUCUAUGGGGCCGAUUUAUCAUCGGUCUGUCCGACAUGAUCCGCUCAGCGACAUCGAUGAAUGCCAGUGGACCAGUUUUAAGACAGGGGCAUCAGGUGCCAUUCGGCCCCUAUAGGUGUUAUGUGCAAUAUAUUUCCUGCCACCGGGAGGCAGGAAAUAUAUUCCACAUGUUAUGGACACCUAUGGACUCUCAUCACCCCAAAAUAAAUAAAGUUUUCAGUUAGUAUAAAAAAAAGUUGUUUUUUUUUUUUUUAAUACAAAUCUUUAAUACAAAUACAAUUUUGUAUUUUGGAAGUUCAAUCUUCUUUUUUGGAAGUACACUUUUUGGGGGGGGAAUACAAUUUAUAUUUCUUUUGGAAGUACAAUUUUUAUUUUGGGAAUUUCACAUCCUGCAUGUGUCCAAAAUAAAUGCUAAUUCCCAUUCACAGUUCCCAUUCACAGUAGUACCCACAUUUUUUCUUUCUUGAUUUAGAAAGAGCAGCAAUUUUAAGCAACUUUCUAAUGUACUCCUAUUAUCUAUUUUUCUUCAUUCUCUUGCUAUCUUUAUUUAA